UGAGCGCCAUGAGACCGCAAACAUGGUGGUUGCCGAGCGUGUAGAUGAUUUAGUUCAGUCUGUUAGCCUUCAUAUUCCUCGACAGUUCCUGUUACAUGGUUAUAUUUUACCAUUUCUCACGCUGUAUGGAAGCUGGUUGUAUGUGUGGUUUUUCAUUUAUGGAAUUGAAGAGUAUUAUGAAGCAGGACUUAUCGGAGUGGCGGUGAUUGGCCUUUUACAAAUUCUGAGUUGCCUCUGCUGCCACUGGUCUGUACACGUGCAGUGUUUCUUAACAUGUAAAAGUGCAAAGGAUCCACUGAAGGCUAAAGUUGCCAAAGUUGUGCCAACUGCAAAUAAUGGAUCAUCAGAAUUAGUUUCAGUUCACCAUUACAAGGAUGAAGUGAACCAGAGUGUGAGCAUAUGGUUCAUAUUCCAGAAGACUAAGUAUGUCUGGGAUGAAAAUAAGAAACAGUUUUGUGGUCUGCAGUUCCCUGUGGAUCUCCCUUUUGGGGAGUAUAUGGAGUGGAAGGGAUAUCAAGAGGACCAUGAGGUCACAAAUGCAGACAUAAAAUAUGGCAGGAACCAGCUCGACAUGGUAGUGCCAGAGUUCAUGGAGCUGUUCAAAGAACGAGCCACAGCUCCAUUUUUUGUAUUUCAAGUGCUGUGUGUUGCCCUCUGGUGCCUGGACAAGUACUGGUACUACUCUCUCUUUACACUUGUAAUGCUGAUCUUGUUUGAGUGUACUUUGGUGCAGCAGCAACUGCGGAACAUGGCAGAGAUUCGCAAGAUGGGCAACAAACCGUACAUGAUACAGGUCUAUCGGAAUCGACGAUGGCGCCCUGUAUUUACAGAUCAACUUGUUCCAGGAGAUAUUGUGUCUAUUGCACGAUCACAGCAUGACAACUUUGUGCCUUGUGACCUCCUGCUUCUGCGUGGACCUUGCAUUGUUGAUGAGAGCAUGUUAACUGGGGAAUCAGUGCCACAAAUGAAGGAGCCCAUUGAGAACCUUGAGCCAAGCCGACUUCUUGAUUUGGAAACUGAUGGAAAGCUGCAUAUUCUUUUUGGAGGCACUAAAGUUGUUCAACACACUCCACCUAGCAAAACAUCCGCCGGAUUAAGAGCUCAGGAUAAUGGCUGUGUUGCUUAUGUACUUCGUACUGGAUUCAACACUUCACAAGGAAAGCUUUUGCGGACCAUACUGUUCGGAGUAAAACGUGUUACUGCAAACAAUUUGGAAACAUUUGGGUUUAUUCUUUUCCUUCUGAUUUUUGCUAUUGCUGCUGCAAGUUAUGUGUGGAUCAGAGGCUCUGAAGAUCCAACAAGGAACAGGUAUAAGCUGUUCCUAGAGUGUGCACUCAUUCUAACAUCGGUUGUGCCCCCAGAAUUGCCCAUAGAACUGUCACUAGCAGUCAACACAUCUCUACUAUCACUGUCAAAAUUAGGUGUGUUCUGCACAGAGCCAUUUCGUAUUCCAUUUGCUGGAAAGGUGGAAAUCUGUUGUUUUGAUAAAACAGGAACACUUACAAGUGACAACCUUGUUGUGGAAGGAAUUGCAGGCCUUGACAGCCAACAAGGUGUGAUACCUCUGUCAGAAACAUCUUUGGAGAGCAUCCAAGUCCUAGCAACAUGCCAUGCUCUGGCUCAACUAGAUGAUGGGCUUGUGGGUGAUCCCUUGGAAAAAGCAACUCUCACAGCUGUUGACUGGAAUCUUACUAAAGGUGAUGCAGUAAUACCAAAAAGAGGUAAAGCCCCUGGGAUGAAAAUCUUCCAUCGACAUCACUUCUCUUCUGCUCUGAAGAGAAUGUCUGUAAUUGCAGGCUACACACUCCCAGGCAGUACUGACACAACAUACAUUACAACAGUGAAAGGUGCACCAGAGACACUAAAGCCCAUGGUGGUAAUGAUAACAGGUGACAAUCCUCUCACUGCUUGCCACGUAGCCAAGGAGCUGCGCUUCACUCAGAAACCAAAAACUUUAAUUCUUACUGAAUCAGGGAAUGGGAGUUGGGUAUGGGAGAGCAUUGACCAGUUGCUCCGUUUACCAGUCUUGCCACAGAAGACUUACAAGGAAUUAGUAUCAAAAUAUGAUCUCUGUGUGACGGGAGAGGGCUUGACCUUCCUGAGUGACCACCAUAGACAGUUCUUGUAUCAAAUUCUGCCCCAUAUAUCUGUCUUUGCGCGGGUUGCACCAAAACAGAAAGAAUUUGUGAUUGUAGCUCUUAAAUCCCUUGGUUUUACAACCCUGAUGUGUGGAGAUGGGACUAACGAUGUAGGGGCAUUGAAACAUGCAGAUGUAGGUGUUGCAAUCUUGUCAAAUGCACCUGAGAAGUUAUCAGAAAGGAAAAGGCCAGAAAGAGGGGAUAGAGAUCGCAGUAGAGGUCAUGGUUCGGGAGGAACUAAUCCUGGGUCACAUGGCAGCUCAAGGCAGAAUGCUGCUAAUGCGACACAUACCCAACUUCAGAAACUACUGAAAGAGAUCGAGGAACAGGACCAAGCACCAAUUGUGAAACUGGGUGAUGCCAGCAUUGCAGCCCCGUUCACAUCAAAACUGUCCUCCAUAAUGUGCAUUUGCCAUGUUAUAAAACAGGGUCGGUGUACAUUGGUAACAACAUUACAGAUGUUCAAGAUUUUGGCAUUGAAUGCCCUCAUUCUUGCAUAUAGUCAGUCAGUCUUGUACCUGGAUGGGAUCAAGUUCAGUGACAUGCAGGCAACGCUACAAGGGUUACUGCUAGCUGCUUGUUUCCUGUUUAUAUCUAGAUCAAAGCCAUUGAAGACAUUGUCACGACAGAGACCGCUACCUAACAUCUUUAAUUUGUACACGGUUUUGACUGUACUACUGCAGUUUCUAGUCCACUUUAUUUGUCUCAUCUACUUAGUUCAACAAGCUACCAUGAGAUCACCACCAAAAGAAGAGAGGCCAACAGAUACAACAGAAGAAACAGAGGAGGAGUUUGUUCCCAGUUUGUUGAAUAGUACGGUAUACAUAAUUUCCAUGGCUCUGCAGGUUUCUACAUUCGCCAUUAAUUAUCGGGGCCACCCAUACAUGGAGAGCCUCACAGAGAACAAAGCUCUUCUGUACAGUAUUGUAGGUUCAGCAGGUGCCAUUUUAGCUCUGGCAAUGGGCAUUUUUCCAGAUAUGGCAUACCAGUUUGAAAUAGUAGAUUUCACUGCAGAAUUUCGGACCAUCCUGGUGCAGGUGCUAUUUGCAGACUUUGCUCUUUCAUUCCUGGUGGAUCGUGUUUGUUUAUGGCUGCUUGGUGAAGGAAAGUUGCGGAUUAAAUGAGGAGUGAGUGUAUGAUUCUAGAUUAAUUGAAAGUACAGCGAUGUAAGAACCUAUUUUCAGCUGCCGUGGGCUUCAGUAUUCCGAACUGACUUCUUCAGCAUUGAUGCGCAUUUAUUUAAGAGUCUCAAAUUGAGGCAGUUUGUUGUAACAUUUCAACUGGAACGUGUUGGUAUUGAGUAAACUCUUUUAAAAAGAAACUAAUUAUUUCUGAUUUUUACAGUCGUGUCCAAAGCAAAAGGUGAGAUAUUUAAAACCCUGAAUUUGAUGUCUCUAAUUUCACAAAAAUGUCUGUUACAUUUUGUAACUCAAGAAAAAGGAAACAAAUGUAACACUCUGUAGUUGUAUGUUUUGCUGUGAUGUUUCACUUCUUUGUGAUAAAAUUUUGGUAUGAUGUAGUGAAAUGGUGAACCUAAAUGGCUAGAAUUCUGCGAUUCCAAAUACAACAGUGACUAUCUUGAAGUUUUAUUUAAAAGUAUGUUGAGUAAGAAUAAAAAAAUCUGUGACCCCACAGGAUGUUCAGCUGAGACAGAAGCUUGCUGCUUGCGAUGGCAUAGCAGUAACUUACAGUCCAACUGGAGAGGAACAGUGCAGGUUUCUUCCCAAGUAUUCCCAACUCAAACAUAACUCCACAACUGAUUAUUGUAAAAAGGCCACAUACUUGCCAAAUUUUUAUGAGAGUUUCAGAAAGUGACCCUGCAUUUGCCAUGAUGUAUGCCUAACAGCUCAUAAACAAGUUUUGUGAUGUAAGUUUUCAGGUUUUUACGGCGAUGACUAUGAAGAAAGUCGUCUUCUGGGUUUAGGCGCUGUGUAUUCUUCGUUUUGGCCAA